AUGGAUUCCCAUUACAGUUAUCGACAACGGCAUUUUCGUCCGCAUCCACGUACACCACAGGAAUCAAAUCCACUUUAUAGGUCCUCUGAAUUGGACUAUUCUAUUUCUGGUAUUGGAGCAGGAGGCGGGAAUUAUUUCAGCACCUCAGGACCCGGUAAUUUUGAAGCUGAAAAACAACCACGACGAUCGCAGUCAUUGGACAAUCGAAAAGACUGGUUGUUCAGCGAUGAUUAUGGAUUUCCAGUAGUAGGAACAGACGAGAGAUAUAAUGGUGCCACGAAGAGGUACCAGUCUCAUCAGCAAAAACGAAACUAUAAUUAUCAGCCUUAUUUUAGUGCUAGUACCGGUCCUACUACCGGAUAUCGCGCUACCUACGAUGGACGACGUGGUAACGAUUAUUAUUUUGACAAUGUCGUAACCCUACAAUCCAAUCCUACUGAAUCUGACUGGGAUGCUCUCGAUCGUUCAAUUCGAAAUUAUCGUGAAGAUCCUGGUGGUGAGCAACCAAAUGUAACCAUGCGACGUUCCAAGGCUCAAAGUUUAUCUCCAGUUCGUCCCAGUGGUGUUUUUGGUGGUUUUGGUGGUGCUUCAAGUGGCACCAAACCGAGACGGCGCAAUUUACCAUCAUACUUUUAUCGACACUCUGGUACUGGUGGUUGCUUUGUAGUACCACAAAGUGGUAUUUCUGUUAAUAGAAAUGAAUCAAUUCGACAUACCCGAAACGAUUUUUUCAGUGGUUCAGCAUUACAGGAUGAAAUGGAAUUUGGUACUGAUCGUGGUAUGACAAAUUACUACCGAGGUAGUAAUUCUAAUCAUCAACAAUCUGAACAUUAUAGACCGGGAGCUGGAUCUCUAAAUGUUGCAAAUACAAUGCGAGGUCAAACAAUGAUUCGUGGUACUACUACAGGUACCAUACGUGAUGGUUUUGGAGCGCAAAAAUAUUACAAGCUUCAUUGUUGCUGUUUAAGUUUUCGUUGGCCACCUUGGGCUUUUGAAGAAGUGGAACCACCGCAACCAAUAUAUCGUCGUACUUGA